AUGGGCUGGGCUGGUGCCGGGCUUGGCUGUGUACUGCGCUGUGCAGAACUAGGGGUAGGAUCUGUGUUUAUAUAGCCCAGGCAGACCCUCUCUCCGACCCAUUCCCUCUCAGCCGGAGAACACAACCCUAGCAGAACCGCUGCCAAGGGAUUGCUCAGCAUUUCACGAGAGAGAGAGAGACAGAGAGAGAGAGAGCGAGACAGAGAGAGAGAGCGAGAGAGAGAGAGAAAAAGAGGAGAGGAGGGGAAACAGCUCUGACAUAUUUAACACAGACUCCCAUUCUCAACAUACUCACACACGCUGAGACAGACAGCAGACAAAACUCACAGCACAUAGUCUCUGACAGGUAGGUAGACUUCAACACAGACAGACAGACUCUCUCUCUCUCUGAGACGGACGGCAGGCAGCAUGUUUCUGCGGUGGCUCCCCCAGGCAGUGUGUCUGGUGUCGGUGUGUGUGUCGCUGACUCUUGGGUACGAGGACGAUAUCGAGGUGAACUAUGGUGACAGUUACUACAACGAGAUCACAGAGGGAGAGCCACUGGAGCCCACGGCCAUCCCAACCCAAGCCCCCUGUAAGGUUACAGAGAUGACUAAAUGGGACAAGCUCUUCUCCAUGCUGGAGAACUCUCAGAUGAGGGAGAACAUGCUUCUGCAGUACUCCGAUGACAUCAUCAAGGUGGAGUUAGGGUCGUUGCGUGGAGAAAUGCUAAGGUUCGUGGCUCAGUAUGGAGGGGCCUGUGGCGUUGCGGUGGAGACUGCUGGACGGAGGAUGUCCAUGCAAAUGGAAGCUCGCCUCAAGGAGAGCCUGGAGCAGCUCAGGCAAGAUCGGAGCAUUGCUGCUGGGAAAUAUGCAGGUAAUUCUGGGGAUAGCCACCAGGAGACACUGUUACAGCAGCUCCUCACCGCGGCGCGGACACAGGCUUCCCGACUCGUCAAGCUAGAAAAUAUCUGCCUGAGUAAUCCAGGACCCAUAACGCCACCAGAGGCAAAGGGGGAAGACCUGCAGCAGGAUGUGGCGUCGGCAGAGAUGAUGGUUGCCCUGGUGACAGAGCUGGCGAAGACGAGGGCAGUACUGGAACUAGCGUUCAAGUCGGCACAGCAACGACACCUGCCCGCAGGCUGUGAGACCGCUCUUCUCUUCCCUAUGCGUUCCCGUCGUAUCUUCUCCUCGGUGACACCAGACCUCCCUCUCUCCCUCUCUUCCUUCACCGUGUGCCUGUGGGCCAAGCCCGUCUCCGUCUCCAACAGAACCGUGCUGUUCUCCUACGGAACCAAACGGAACCCCUAUGAGAUCCAGCUCCUUCUCAGUGGAACCAGGGCUCUCUUCACCGUGGGAGGAGAGGCUCACCUGGUGGAGGGGCGGGGCGUGGUGAGAGGAGGAAUUUGGACCCACAUAUGUGGGGCUUGGAGCUCUGAGCAGGGCAUAGCGUCACUGUGGGCCGAUGGACACAGAGUGGCAUUCACACCCGGGGUGGCCGAGGGCCACAUGUUACCCGAUGGAGGCUCCCUCCAGCUGGGGCAGGAGAAGAACGACGGUGGGGUCUCUGGAGGGUCAGGUGGCAGUGGGAGUCAGAUGCCUGGGUUUGACGGAGGCUUCGAUGCCAAGUUGGCGUUCACUGGGAAGAUGACGGGGGUCAACAUGUGGGACAGCGUGCUGACGGAGGAGGAGAUAUCCCAGCUGGCUUUGCAGGACGGCGAGGGGUGUGAGCAGAGGGGGAACGUAGUUGGGUGGGGCGUGACGGAGAUCGUGCCUCACGGGGGUGCUCAGUUCAUCAACUAACUCUGAUGACGUUUUCAUCAUCAUCAUCAUCCUCAUCAUCAUCAUUUAAAUGAACUCUACCAUCACCAUUAAUAACCUAAAACCUGCAGUGCAGAACAGCCCAACCGGCUGAGACUGUGACAAUAAUGUGAACAACAACAACAUCAACAACAACAACAUCAACAACAACUCCUUUUAAUGGUUAAAGAGACUGUGACAAUAAUGUGCCCUGUUGAAGGAGUGGUUCCCAUUUAGAGUAGCAGGAGAGUGGCAACACACACACAGUAUACUGUACAUAGCCUUAGGAGGAGAAGUGGAGAAAACACAGGUUUAAAGAGAGAAAGAAAGGAAAGAACAGAAACAAAGAGCUCAUGAUGCUUUGGAUCAACUGUCACAAAAACCAGUCUGCGAGGGUCAUCGCUAGAUGGCCAUGCCAGAGGAGGACAACACUAUCUAUACCAUCAGAAGCUAUGCUAGAGGAGGACAACAUUAUCUAUACCAUCAGAAGCUAUGCUAGAGGAGGACAACAUUAUCUAUACCAUCAGAAGCUAUGCCAGAGGAGGACAACAUUAUCUAUACCAUCAGAAGCUACGCUAGAGAGGACAACAUUAUCUAUACCAUCAGAAGCUACGCUAGAGAGGACAACAUUAUCUAUACCAUCAGAAGCUACGCUAGAGAGGACAACAUUAUCUAUACCAUCAGAAGCCAUGCCAGAGGAGGACAACAUUAUCUAUACCAUCAGAAGCUACGCUAGAGAGGACAACAUUAUCUAUACCAUCAGAAGCUAUGCUAGAGAGGACAACAUUAUCUAUACCAUCAGAAGCUACGCUAGAGAGGACAACAUUAUCUAUACCAUCAGAAGCUACGCUAGAGAGGACAACAUUAUCUAUACCAUCAGAAGCUACGCUAGAGAGGACAACAUUAUCUAUACCAUCAGAAGCUAUGCUAGAGAGGACAACAUUAUCUAUACCGUCAGAAGCUAUGCUAGAGAGGACAACAUUAUCUAUACCAUCAGAAGCUAUGCUAGAGAGGACAACAUUAUCUAUACCAUCAGAAGCUACGCUAGAGAGGACAACAUUAUCUAUACCAUCAGAAGCUACGCUAGAGAGGACAACAUUAUCUAUACCAUCAGAAGCUACGCUAGAGAGGACAACAUUAUCUAUACCAUCAGAAGCUACGCUAGAGAGGACAACAUUAUCUAUACCAUCAGAAGCUAUGCCAGAGGAGGACAACAUUAUCUAUACCAUCAGAAGCUAUGCUAGAGAGGACAACAUUAUCUAUACCAUCAGAAGCUACGCUAGAGAGGACAACAUUAUCUAUACCAUCAGAAGCUACGCUAGAGAGGACAACAUUAUCUAUACCAUCAGAAGCUACGCUAGAGAGGACAACAUUUGCUAUAAAUAUCAGCAGUAUUUGUUACUAAUGGGAGUGUCAGGGUUAAGGGGUAAGGUAAAUGGUAAAGGGUUGAGGUUUGGGUUUAGUUGUUAGGGUGGCAUUGUGGUUAGAAAACGUUUUACCUUGGUCCUCUCUGGCAUGGCUACGUAGUAACAACCAUCUGCAUGUUGCCAUGGGAGAUUGUAACCUUUUUAUUACCUUAUAAUCUUAUGUUUCCCGGAAAAAAAGUGAAUCUUUUUUUCAAUCGUUGUUUCCAACUUUUUAUUUUAUUUAUCAAAGUGUUUACAUUCAGAUGUGAUAAACAUAAUAUUUCAGUUGUUUUGUGUUUCUCUUUGUUUUCUAUACAUCCAGAGGGGUUUAUUGUGUUUCUCUUUGUUUUCUAUACAUCCAGAGGGUUUAUUGUUUCUCUUUGUUUUCUAUACAUCCAGAGGGGUUAUUGUUUCUCUUUGUUUUCUAUACAUCCAGAGGGGUUAUUGUGUUUUUCUUUGUUUUCUAUACAUCCAGAGGGUUUAUUGUGUUUUUCUUUGUUUUCUAUACAUCCAGAGGGGUUAUUGUGUUUUUCUUUGUUUUCUAUACAUCCAGAGGGGUUAUUGUGUUUCUCUUUGUUUUCUAUACAUCCAGAGGGUUUAUUGUGUUUCUCUUUGUUUUCUAUACAUCCAGAGGGUUUAUUGUGUUUUUCUUUGUUUUCUAUACAUCCAGAGGGGUUAUUGUUUCUCUUUGUUUUCUAUACAUCCAGAGGGUUUAUUGUGUUUCUCUUUGUUUUCUAUACAUCCAGAGGGUUUAUUGUUUCUCUUUGUUUUCUAUACAUCCAGAGGGGUUAUUGUUUCUCUUUGUUUUCUAUACAUCCAGAGGGGUUAUUGUGUUUCUCUUUGUUUUCUAUACAUCCAGAGGGGUUAUUGUGUUUCUCUUUGUUUUCUAUACAUCCAGAGGGUUUAUUGUGUUUCUCUUUGUUUUCUAUACAUCCAGAGGGGUUAUUGUGUUUCUCUUUGUUUUCUAUACAUCCAGAGGGAUUAUUGUGUUUCUCUUUGUUUUCUAUACAUCCAGAGGGGUUAUUGUGUUUCUCUUUGUUUUCUAUACAUCCAGAGGGUUUAUUGUUUCUCUUUGUUUUCUAUACAUCCAGAGGGGUUAUUGUGUUUCUCUUUGUUUUCUAUACAUCCAGAGGGGUUUAUUGUGUUUCUCUUUGUUUUCUAUACAUCCAGAGGGGUUAUUGUGUUUCUCUCUGUUUUCUAUACAUCCAGAGGGGUUAUUGUGUUUCUCUCUGUUUUCUAUACAUCCAGAGGGGUUUAUUGUGUCUCUCUCUGUGACAACAGAUGACAGAACUAAGAUGUUAUUCCCUGUUGGUUUUGCGUCUGCUGUGAGACAGAAACACUUGAUUUGAAAAGAGGAACUGUGGACAAUGUUUACAGAAUUUGUUAGGACCGAUCUCUGCUCUUUGUUAACGUAGUAGGCAAUGGGUAUCAUAUUGUAAAUCGUUUUGUGUUUUUGUCAAGAAGUAAAAAUGAAUGUAUUUUGUAUAUAAAUAUUUUUUUGCAUACAGUAGGACUAGAAUUGGAGACCAAGAUAUUAAUAAAACUACAUGUUAACAUUA